ACGAAACAUGAGGGCAGCAUUCAACAACAUAAACACGCGACUGUAAAUCUGGCGCUGUCUUCCGAGUGGCCGAAACCUGUUGCCUGUGUCACUUUCUUGUGUGUUUUUGGUCCAACGUAAUAACACCAAAAUGGAUGAGAAGCAGGGACCAACUUCUGAUGAUGUCCCAACUGGGGAGGUAACGUCAACCACAGUUACAGAGGGUGAUGUUGUCAAGAUGCCAACAGAUGUGGCCAUCACUAUGGAUGCUAUUCCCAAUGAAGAUGAGGAGGACAAAUCCAAAGGGAGACAUCAGUUCCCAGCUCAACAGCUCCACCAGUGAUCUUCCUGACCUCACCAGACGUUUUUUUGUAUGGUCGUUUCAAGUCGAUCAUUAGGCUCUGUGAAUGACUGCUGAAUCUACGAGCUCAAUGAAUACAAAGCUGUCAUCACGGCUACCAAGGGAUUUGAAGCUUCUCUACGGAAAACAGGGUUUAUUGCAGAAACUGCUUCUCCACUGCUGACCUACGCCAGAGAUGUCAAUGUCCACUUUGCUAACAAAAAGUGUCAAGAGCUGAUAGUUGAAGCCCGCAAGCUGAUGAAGAGAGAGCUGCACAAUACAAAGAGAGUCGGUACAAUGAAGGUUGACAACAAGAACGUCAAAGAUCAAAUACAAGAUGCCAAGGACAAGUGCCACGUCAGCGAGGGUAUCUUUGCACUGCCUGAGUGUGCAGUCAGUGAAAGCAUAGAGUGUCUUGUUAAUCUAGCCUACCAGACAUUACAAGAAGCUGCUAGUAACACACCACAAUGUGCCAUCCAGCUGUUCUACACAGUGCGAAACAUGUUUGAGAUAUUUUGUGAUGUCGUACCCACAUACCACAGAGAUAGUCUGCAAAAGCUACCCCAGGUGUGCGCUCUCCACCACAACAACUGCAUGUACAUCGCCCAUCACCUGUUGACGCUGGGCCAUCAGUAUCGUCAAUCCUUACCCCCGCCCCUCUGUGAUGGCACGUCCAUGUUUGUCGACCUAAUUUCUGUCUUCAGGAAGCUGGCAUCCGAAUGUUUCUUGGCUCAAAUGAGAAUUCAGCGAGAUCAAUUAGUGGAGAGUCUGUCUGGUGCUGAGGGCUUUGACCAAGUAGCGACUGACGACAACUUCUUGGCGUGUGAGAGGGCCAUUAAACAAGUUGUCCAUCAGUUGGGUCACCUCCAGCGAGUCUGGACCGACAUCCUCCCCAGUAACAUCUUCACCAAGGCCAUGUCUACAAUCAACGUGGUACUCAUGCACAUCGUGGAGAAAGUCUCGUCACUUGAGGACAUCUCAGCUGAUGAUGCGCAGCAGUUACAUUCAUUACUCUCGGGACUGCAAGACAGAAUUCCACACUUGAUCAAACCAGGAGAAGAUGAGGAACCAGUUUUGGUGCAGAGUACCGUUGAUCAGUGGAUGUCAUUCAGCGAGAUGCUGUUUAUGCUAGAUGCCAGCAUGCAAGAUAUUGUUGACAGGUGGGCGGAGGGCAAGGGACCACUCGCUAUGGUGUUCAGCGCCAGUGACGUGAAGAGCCUGAUACAGGCCAUCUUCCAGAACACCGACAGACGAGCCACAGCGCUCGCCAAAAUCAGAUAGGACCAGCCG